AAAAUGAAGAAAUGCUAAAUGGAACACUUUGUUUUUAUUGAGUACCACAUACAAAAAUCUACACAAAAAAGAUAGAACGAUUGUGAAUAAAAUAACAAACAUAUCACAGUCAAAAUUUCAUUUGUGUCUCGAGAAGUGAUAAAUAUUUUGGUGUACACACGCCUUGGUAAAGGUUGUUUUUGUUAAAAGAAAUGGAACGUUCUAAACGUGGCAAGAAGAUAGAAACAUUGGGAAGAAUGACAGCAAUGACCCAAGAGGAGAUUGUAGCUGCUGUUAAGACCGUUGCCCAAGGUCUUGAAGCUCUCCGUUCCGAACAUGCAGGUAUUCUUCAUGGUCUUCACGAUGCUCCUGAUUCCAUUGUCAGCGAAAGGGCUGGAUUCGUACAACAUAGUGCCGAGAUGAUAGAACUAGGUUUAGGUGAAGCACAAGUGAGUAACAUCUAUUUUAUAUAGAACCUUUUGGAUGAAAUUCUCGUAUGGCAUUUUAUGUUUAAGUUUCUUUUUGUGUAAAUUAUUUAAGGUGACUGAAAACUCGAAAGCAGUGAGGUUUUGAUAUC